UAAAAAUUUUUAAAAAAAGAAAUUGAGGUCUUUAAUCAAAGUGAAUAUUUUCGAGUAUUCAUAUGUUUAGAAUGUUGAUCAACAAAAAAAGUCAUUAAUUGAUUUUAUAUUUCUUAUCAUCAUCAAUAAAAACGAUAUACAGAGAGAAUACAUGCCCAAAUAUACAUUUACAACAUAUAUAUAAUCCUAAAAGAAGUGGUUGAAGAGGGAAAGUGUUUACCAGAUGUUUUAUCAAAUACCAGUACAAACUCAAAAAAUUGACAAAAAUGAAUAUUUUUAUAGGAUACAGACCCCCUGAAUUGAUUGAAACAGUAAUAGCUAAUGCUUACUGUGUGCCAACCAGUAUUGUAAUAUUUUACAUAUGUUAAAUCUAUUUAAUUCUCAUACUAACCCUUUAAUAUAUAUUAUUACUAUCUCCCCAUUGUAGAUAAGAAAUCUGAGACCCCAAAAAGUUAAGUAAUUUUCCCAAGUUCACACAGCCGAUAACUGGAACCACUGGGAUUUCAGCCUAGAACGUCUAGCCCUAUAAACUGUCCAUGUAAUGUGCACACUACAUUAUAUCUCCAAUGUAGAAUACAAUGAUUAUUAUCAUACAGAAGCAGAUAGCUAAAAUGGUUUUAUUGCUCAGUGAUGGAAGUCAUCAAAUCAAACGUGUAUCAUAAGGCAAUUUGUGCUUAUGUAUUUUAUUAAAGCAAUUAUUAGUGGUAUGUACUUUUAAUUCAAGGGAACUCAUAACUUAUGAUAAUAAAACAACUCUUAAAAAUCUUCAGAUAAGUACUCCCUCCAGGACAUAGGGUUUAAAUAGUGACCUCUGAGAUAACAAACGAAAUUAACUGUCAUUGACACAGGUAUUUGAAUUACCUAUUGUGGUAUCAAACAAAGGCACUUUAGGACUGAAAACAAUAUAAAUCUUAGGAUGCUCAACUUUCUGUUUAGGGCAUUGGAGACUAAACAUCUUCUCUUUCACAGAGAACUGUUUUGACCUUGAAUAUCAAAGAUAACUAUUAGAGAUAACAUUUAAAUGACGUCUUCUCAGAGCAAAUUUAUUUCAAAAACAAUAUGCGUACUAUUAACAGCAGGAUUAUUUUAUAGAGUUAACUCAUGCUAUAAUUCUAAUGUUGAAAUCCAUAUUACGUAAUAGCAAAUUUUAUUUGUAAUAUAUUCCCUAACUAGACAAAAAAAUUCUGAAAAUGCUUUUUCUCAUUUCCCCGUCCUAUAGCUUUCCUUCAUAUUGGAUAAUUUUUGCAUCUAUUAAGUUGCUCCUGGUGAAAUGUCAGUAUAUGGUCUAAUUCUCCAGCUGUUUUAUUUACAGGCUUUUUCCAUGGCACUUUACUGAAGUCAAUUGGAUAUAGUAUAGAUGGUUUAGAAAACCUUUCUUGGUGAUCUGGGUUUUCAGGUAACAUUGGGAGAUUUUGUUCAAUUCUUAUUCGGAAUUAAUGGUUCUUUUCAUAAUGUAUCUCUUGGAUCAAGACCUAUUUGCAGGUUGAUUUAAAGUCAGAACAAGUAGUAAGAAUUUCUGACAAGUUCCAUCUCCUUACCUAAAGUCACAUGGUCAAGAAGGAGGAGUCGUGUCAAGAAUCAGUAUCUUAGCACACUUUGGGAAAAGCAGAAUUCACAGUGACAUUGCAGGGGAAACAUGAGAGAGCUGCAGCCCUGGAGAGCAAAUGCCUAACAGGAUCUAUUUUCCACAGCGUCGGCUCCACACUGGCCAAGAAGCAGAACAUCAAGGGAACUCUCUGGAUCACGGUAAUGUUAAUCUUUAAUAUCACUUGGAAAAUAGCAUGCCUGGGUUGGUAAAACAACUUGUGGGAAGUGAAAAAAAAAAGGGAACUUAGAUUUAUACAGACUGAUUUUUCUGCUUUUUUUUCAGAAUUCUUAGAAUAAAUAAAUAUUGUAAAUCUCUGCAGAGACAUUCCCGUAUCUAUGCUAUGAGGGAAAGGUUAAUUUAUUCUCUAUUAUAAGAGGAGGACAUGAAGCUAUGUCUCAAUUUGUGAUUUCAGACAUUUUGAUCCAGCAGAAAUAAAAGAAGGAAAUGUAGACUAAAUUGAAAAUGCAGAACUGAAAUAUAAUAUUUUAUUCAUGAAGACUGUGAAGCUAGAAAGGAGUCACAUUUUUUUGAUCCCUUUCUAAAUCUCAUAAAAUACAUUAAAAAUCACUUGAAGAUUUCCUAUGUCAGGAUUUUGUAGACACAAGGAUUUUUUUCCCUUCCUGAAUUAAUCUUUGGAGGCUACAGUGAUAAUGGAAAUAGGUAAGGAAUUAACAGCGUGAUAUUGACUUUAAUAUUAAAAGAAGUUUCUUUUUUUCAUAUAAUUUUAACUGAAGCUCUGUCUUUUUUAGAAGUUAGACACAAUUACACACACCAACAUGUCCAUCAAAAUAGUAUUACUUAUUCAUCUUUCUGGUGAGACAUUAUGGAACUCUAAUGGUGCGUGACAAAUUGCAAUACAUUUCAGAGAGUUAUUUUUUUUUCUUCCUAUUCAAUUUGGCCAAUGGCAGAACCCAGGCUCAAAUCAUGAUUCUUGAAAAGCUAAUUCUGAGGAAAUCACCAAAUGACUCUGUCAAAACAACUAUCUCAAACAGUAUAUUCAGUUACUCUUCUAAAAGAGUCCACUUUUGAAUCAUGGCUGCAGUUUGAAGUUAUUUCCUCCCAAUAUUCAGGAAACACAAUUUAAAGUAGAAUAACAAGCAAAAAUCACAACUUUUUGAACUCUACAGAAGAGAGAGGCACCAGGGAGAUAUUUAACUGUUAUUUUUUUAUCAUGUAUUUUCCCUUAAUUAUUUUUUAAUGGAAGCUUUCUGGUUGUUAUUUUGGCUUCAGGUGGUAAGAAAUUAUGUUUUCAUACUCAGUGAUAGGAAACUCUGGAGGUGGACUAUUGAUAAUCUGUUCAAUUGUUAAAACAUUUGGCAGCUCUGAUAUGCUCACGCAUCUCUAGAGGAACUCUUCCCUACCACACUACUGAAUAAUGCUAAGUUUAUUAUCCCUUUCAACAGAAAGUAAUGUUUUAAAUUAUUUUUCACCAAACUGAAUAAAUCUGUUAUUGUUACUAUACAGAUUAAACCACAAUCUUUUCUUGCAUCUGCCAUCAUCUAUCAUCCCAUUCAGGUAACUUCACAAAAUACCAGCCUAAGUUUUUAAUGGAAAAAAAUACUAACAAACAACUUUAAGUGAUUUUUCACCAUUAUUCAUAGCGUGACAACUCUUCUUUUAUCCAAACAUUAUGUAUACAUAUGGGAGAUUAUAUAUAUAUUGUGGGAAUGCUUUAGGUAUUAUGGAUAGAGUGAAGAGGAAUAAACAUCUCAUCUGCUUUCUUAAAGUCUGUAGACUACUUUGGGGAGGGGCAUGUUAAACAUUUACUUACAUAGUACAUGAUUAUAAUUUCUUCUUAUAUUAAUGUGGUAACUAAUAAUUUUUGAGAUGUGCUAUGUUCCAAGCAUUGUUCUAAGCACCUUACAUUUAUUACUCAUUUAAUCUUCACACCAACCCUAAGCAAUGUUAUUGUCCCCAUUUUUACAGAUGGGAAACAGCCCAAAAGUGUUCUGUAACUUGUCUAGGAUCACACAGCUAAAUAACUUGCAGAGACAUGAACAAAAGCUCUCUGCUUGUGCUCUUAGACUCCACACUAUACUGGCCCUCUAUAGCUCUCUGUAUGCAUCACAUAAGACAUCAAACAAAAACAGAUUAUGAGUUCAGGGAAUCCCUCUUUAAGCAAGAAACAUUUAAGAGGUGAUUAAAAGAAUGAGCAGGUGUUGCAGAAUGAGUAGGAGUUGCUGAAUGAGUAGGAGUCCCAAAAAGGAGAGCAAGGUUUCCAAAGGGGUUUAGAUGAGAAUGAGUUUGACAUGUCAAACUAGGAGAAAGCCUAGUAGUCAAUACGUGUAAAGUGAUUUGUGAGAUGAGAAUGAGGCCUCGUGCAGGUCCAUUUGGGACAUCUUAAAGCAUUAGAAUACUUCUUAAAUGUAAUGGAAACAAAUGACAAGUUUCAAGCACAUGAAUAAUGUGAUUGUAUUAAUUUUAUAACAAUGUAAAGGCAUAAGACUAGAUGUAAAGAGAGAAGACUACUGCUAGAAUCUAGAAAAGAGAUGAUAGUGGUUUGGAUUAGGCUAGUGAUGAUGGAAAUUAUUUAAAAGCGAGAGAAUGGUUAAAAUGUAUCUUUGCACUCAAAUUUACCAGUUUUAGUUAUAAGUUAGGUGUUGGGGAUAAAAGAGAUAAAGGUGCCAAGGAUAAAUGCCAGAUAUCCUACACAUAACAAACUGGGAGACCAAAGGUGCUAUUCACUAAGAUAUGGAAAAAGAGGAACACUCUUUUUCUCAUUCUGAUAUUAGCCAAAUAAUUAUAUUUUUUAGGUGAAUUCACUGACCAAGUACAAGAAUAGUUCACUACAUCAAGCCAGCGAGCUUUACAGAGAAUCAUAGAGUCACAUCAUUUUAGAAUCUGACCUAUUCCUAACUGCCAAAUUUACAGGUGAUAAAAUUCAGACCUUAAGUUAAAGAGUGAACUCCCCAAGGUCACUUAGAUAAAAAUAUAAUAAUAAACUCAUACCAUAAAGGAAUCUACAACAAAUAUCAGAUUACUUGGCUGUAUUUUUUACUUUUAUUCAUUGUUUUUUUAAUUAUUAACACAAAUUCUCUUCUUUUGUUUAGUUCUGCAUUUCAUCAAAUUAAUUAGAAAGUCUGUGUUGACAAAUUUCUCCUCCUCCUCCUCCUUCUGCUCCUCCUCCAUAUCUUCAUCCUCAUCCUCCUUCCCCUCCUUUCCUCCUACUCUUAUCACUCUAGGAUUUGGGCAUUGAAGGACUAUGGACCAAAGCAAUUAUACUUCUCUACAUGGUUUUAUUCUGCUUGGCUUCUCUGACCAUCCCAAACUGGAGGUAGUCCUGUCAGGAGUUGUCACCAUCUUCUACCUAAUUACAUUGGUGGGUAACACAGCCAUCAUUCUUGCAUCUCUCCUGGAUUCCCAUCUCCACACACCAAUGUACUUUUUCCUCAGGAAUUUAUCUCUCCUGGAUCUAUGUUUCACAACCAGCAUCAUCCCUCAGAUGAUGGUUAACUUGUGGGGACCUGAUAAGACCAUCAGCUAUGUGGGCUGUGUCAUUCAACUCUAUGUUUAUAUGUGGUUGGGCUCCAUUGAGUGUCUUCUCCUGGCUCUUAUGUCCUAUGAUCGUUUUACAGCUAUUUGUAAGCCUUUGCAUUAUUUGAUAAUCAUGAACCCACAUCUGUGUCUCAAGAUGAUUCUCAUGGUCUGGAGUAUUAGUUUGGCCAACUCUGUAGUAUUAUGUACACUCACCCUGAAUCUGCCUAGAUGUGGAAACAAACUUCUGGAUCACUUCUUGUGUGAGUUGCCAGCUAUGGUCAAGAUAGCUUGCAUAGACACCACAACAGUGGAAAUGUCUGUCUUUGCUUUAGGCAUUGUCAUUGUCCUUACACCCCUCAGCCUUAUUCUUAUAUCCUAUGGCUACAUUGCCAAAGCUGUGCUGAGAAUGAAGUCAAAAGCAGGACAACGAAAAGCAAUUAAUACCUGUGGUUCUCAUCUCACUGUGGUGUCCAUCUUCUAUGGAACUAUUAUUUACAUGUACCUGCAACCAGGUAACAGUGCCUCCAAAGACCAGGGCAAGUUCCUCACCCUCUUUUACACCAUCGUCACGCCAAGUCUCAACCCUCUCAUUUACACCUUAAGGAAUAAGGACAUGAAGGAUGCACUGAAGAAGAUGGUAAGGUUGACCAUGAAACUACAAAAUCAAAGGGGAACUUGAAGUCAUAUAAAAAUAUUCAAGUGGAUAAGGCAAUGAAAUAUGUUUUAUAGUUUGAUAAGACAGUGACAUAGGUUAUCCAGUUGUCUUUCAUUUUUAUUAAGGCAAGUAAUUCUUAGAUCAUAGAAAUCAAUUGAUAUAAUAAUUCUUGUAAACAAACAUUUUGUGGAUGCAAACAACAUUAUAACCAUAAUACUUAGCUCUGCUAUGCUUCUAAUCAUUGCAUAUCUUCAGGGAAAACAGAUUACAGGACUUCUUAUUUUUACAUGUAAUAUAACACAAAGGGGAUGUAAACAUAAACUUGAAUGCAUUUCAUUUAUUCUAAGCCCCAUAAAAACUGUUUUGGUUAUCUAGCGUUGUAUUUUCAAUGCUAAUGCUUGGAUCGUCAGAAAUAUAGACCCGAAUGAAUGGUUUCAAAUAUAUUAUAGCUUAUAUAUUAAAUAAUAAUAUACAAACAAUGAUUUUAUACACUAAAUCUCUUGUGAUGCCGUUCCAACAUUUCUGCAUGUUUGGUGCAGACAAUGCAAUCUAUAAGACAGUAAUUGUCAUAAGUACCACCUGAAACAAUUCACUCUUUGUUCAAUAAAAUUUCGUAUCAAUGUAAAAGGUAUUCGUUAUUUAAGUCUAUUACUUCUUUAUCAUGGUGCAGGGGAGUGAGAAGGCACAAGUUAAAGGGUUUUAAAGGUGACAAUGCAGUCUUCUUUACUUAUUCAUUCAUGAAACAUUUAUUCUAUGAUUGUCUCAUCUCAGUGGAGGGAGAAUAUGACUAGUUUGAGAUUAGUUAGGCUUUUGAUAUAGAUCUAUGGAAUCAUGGAAUUUACAAGAAUUUUUAGAAAUGCAGAUUUGUGAAUUUUUAUGUAGUGGAAUUUCAUAAAAUGAAUAAAUUUUUUUAUUUCCAUUUAUCAUGAUAUAGUAUUUAUAUUUUAUGGGAAAAUAGGAUGACUUUUGUAUUAAACUUUGAUAUUUUCUAUAAUCCCAUACCUUUCUCUAAAAGACUUCAUUAUUUCAAAUUGUAAUCAAUCUAGAUGUAUAAUAAUUUCUCCUCUAUCAUUUCAUAAUUCUUGAAACGUGAAGAGGAAUGGCCACUGGAUAAUUUUUACUUUCCCAGUCAGAACAAUACAGUAAUGACUCACAUAAAAUAUAUUUUAUAUGAUACAGGAUAUCGUCAAUAUCCUUAUUGUCCACAUAAUACCUCUUUUACAAUUGCCUUCAGGAACAGCUCACCAGCCUACAAACAAUGUCCACAGAGAGAACAUAAAUUCUGUGGUUCUGAUGUACAUAGUCUAGCCACUCCACCCUUAUAUUUGAAAAGUUUGUUCUUACACUUGGCAAGAAUCUAUAACUAAUAACAUUAGAAGAUAUAUAAAGUUAUUUGCUAACUUCAAUAAUAAGUACACCAAAAAUACAAUAGCAAUAGACUUUUGGGAGAACAUUACAUUUUAUACCUAUAAUUGUUUGUUUUCCUGUAUAACUCUAGUUUUAUUUUUUCUUUGGUUUAAAUCUCCUUUACAUUAGGGUCACAAAUUAAACAAACAUUUUAAAUACUUAAUCUCCCUUUUGUUUCUCCAAAAUAAAUGUAUAUACUCAGACCAUUAUAUUAAAUUAUAGUAAGUCUUUAAAAUACCUUGAAUUUCUAUAAGCUAAUCAGUACUUCUAUAAGCUUGUCAGCCUAACCUCAGAAUUGUGGAAUAAUAUGUGACUUGAAAAGGUAAGUGAUAAGUAAUAAUAAUAAAAAUUAAAUCUAAUUUUCUCAUUAAAGAGAGGUUGCUUUUCUGACCAAAGUCUCACACUAACAUUCAUGAGAAUUUACUGCUCAUGCUCUAGCUCAUCUAAGACAGGGUCAAUAUUCAUGAAUAUAUAUAAAAUGGUUAAAGGAGAAAAAAAGUAAGAAAGAAACAUUAGACUAGGACUCAGAGGACCAGAAUUUGAAUCUCAAAUUUACCUAUAGGAAACAAUCACUUAAUAUUUCUAAACCUGUGUUAUCUCAAAUUUAAAAUGGAUUAUUAAAAUGAAGUCCCUAUUAGAUUUCUCAAAAAAUUAAAAAUAGAAAUACCAUAUGGCCCAGCCAUCCCACUACUGAGUAUU